AUGGUCGACUUGACCUACGUUAGCCUUAAGAGUGGGGAGUAUAGCAAGAAAAACUACAGAAAUCCAAAUCUUAUAAAUGGCUACAAGAUUGUAUAUAGCCGCAAUAAAUCUAACGAUAAAAAAGUUGUAGCACGGCGAGGGACGACCGGAAAGACUUUUCCCUUAACAGCAUGCUU